CCCGCACUCCACGCUAUGAGCGCGCUCCGGCCGCGCGCCCGCCGCGCGCCGCUGCUGCUCGCGCUCGCCGCCGCUCUGUUGCCGCACGCCGACCGAGUCGCCGGCGGCGGCGGCGGCGGGAGCAUGUUCGGGGACGUCAAUAUAUCCUCUAUUUUGGACUCCUUCAGCAUAAGUUAUGACAAGAGAGUCAGGCCAAACUAUGGAGGACCACCAGUGGAAGUGGGGGUUACCAUGUACGUGCUGUCCAUCAGCUCUCUGUCGGAAGUGCAAAUGGACUUCACGUUGGAUUUUUACUUCAGACAGUUUUGGACGGAUCCACGGCUCGCGUACAAGAAGCGCGCGGGCGUGGAGACGCUUUCGGUGGGCUCAGAGUUUAUCCGCAAUAUCUGGGUGCCUGACACGUUCUUCGUAAACGAAAAGCAAUCGUACUUCCACACGGCCACCACCAGCAACGAGUUCAUCCGCAUCCACCACUCGGGCUCAAUCACGCGUAGCAUAAGGCUCACCAUCACGGCCUCCUGCCCCAUGAACCUGCAGUACUUCCCCAUGGACCGGCAGCUGUGCCACAUCGAGAUCGAGAGCUUCGGAUACACGAUGACCGACAUACUGUACGUUUGGAAAGACGGCGCGUCGAGUGUCGGCAUGAGCAGCGAAGUGCAGCUGCCGCAGUUCCGAGUGCUCGGCCACCGGCAGCGCGCCACCGUCAUCACGCUCAGCACAGGAAACUACUCUCGGCUAGCGUGCGAGAUCCAGUUCGUGCGUUCGAUGGGCUACUACCUGAUCCAGAUCUACAUCCCGUCCGGCCUCAUCGUCAUAAUAUCGUGGGUGUCGUUCUGGUUGAACCGCAACGCGACGCCGGCGCGCGUGCAGCUGGGGGUCACCACCGUGCUCACCAUGACCACGCUCAUGUCUUCCACUAACGCGGCGCUGCCCAAGAUCUCAUAUGUUAAAUCAAUCGACGUCUACCUCGGCACCUGUUUCGUGAUGGUGUUCACCAGUCUACUGGAAUACGCGACGGUGGGGUACAUGUCGAAGAGAAUACAGAUGAGAAAGCAGCGCUUUGUCGCGAUACAAAAGAUAAUGUCGGAGAAGAAAAUACCAGCAGAGUGCGCGCCACCCUGGGAUGGGCACUCGCUGAGCAAAGGGGGUAGCCUGGGCCGCGGGAGCCGGCCCCCACACGGGUCGCACCACGGGUCCCAUGGUUCUCACGGCUCGCACGGGUCGCACGGUGCGCCCGCGCCGCCGCCGCGUGGCUGCGGCAGGCACUUGCAGGAGGUGCGCUACAAAGUGCGGGACCCCAAGGCGCACUCUAAAGGCGGCACGCUAGAGAGCUCAAUCGAAGACGCGCCAGGCCCACCUUUGCAUGCGCUGCAGCCCACUAAGGACUACGGCAAGUUCCUGGGCAUGACGCCGUCAGACAUCGACAAGUACUCGCGCAUCGUGUUCCCGGUGUGCUUCGUCUGCUUCAACCUGAUGUACUGGAUCGUGUACCUGCACGUAUCAGACGUGGUCGCAGACGACCUGGUGCUGCUGGAAGAGAACAAGUGAACCCCUUCCUUCCUACCCUUCCCUCUCCCGCGCAUCCCGCACCCCGCACCACUACGCACGCUCGUGUACAUAACUCAUGUAAUAUAAUAUCGAUUAGCAAAACGCUAGUGUCACGACCCCUAGUAGACGUAACUGACGGUCUGAUAUCGUACUUAGAUGUAGUUAGGGCCUCGAACGACUUGUACAGAAAUAAUGUAAAUACGAGAUACCUUUAUAUGUACUUGUGGCAGUGCCGCCCUCUCACGAUCAAGUUGCUCAUUCAGACUUUGAUCACCAUGAUGUUCGAAUUUUCGAAAUUGCUCAAAAAACUGUAUUAUGUGUAAGUGAAAACCUGAACUAAUUAUAAUAUUUCUUAUCUUACUGACCUCCAUAUUAACGGAACACUAUCCUUCUGACCUCUGAGGUUCAGACUCUCAAGAUUAGGUGUAAGGCGUUUAUUCAGCGCUGCCAGUAUAUCAGGCCUUCUUUUAGACAUAUUUAUAUGUAGAUGUGGAUAGGCAGGUAGGGUAGUUUAGUGACUCCCGGGGCGGCACCGUCACACCGCGUUAUACUCAGAGCGGCAAGCAUCUAAUCAUAAGAUGAAGAUGUUUAGGUUUUAUUAACUAGAACGGAACUGUUAAGUAUUGUAAAGUUAUAUUACUAGUAGGUAAGCACGGUAAGGCACGAGACUAUUUUGCAUUCACAUGCAAUACGUUCGUCUUGUAAUAAAGACUAACAUAACGAAUA